AAAUUAAUAAUUGGUCUAAACAAUAUGACAAUAUGACAGUAAAAAAUAUUUUAACAGUUUGACUGUAUACCGUAUUACAUAAUUUUGAUUCAAUUUUGCUUCAUUAAGCAAACAUUGCUUCAUAUUUUGCUAGUGUUUUUUUAGCUUUAGCUUGAACACGAAAUAAUUCCCUAACAAAUAGCACAUUUAUUGCUGUGUAUUAUUUCAAUACGAGAAUAUACAUAAAACGUAUAUUUUAUGAAUGCCAAGAUCAGUUGCUUGGCAACAGCAGAUCGUGGAAUGUUGGAUUUGCAAAUGAUCUUACAUCUCUGGCUAUUUAUGACCUCAGCGGGGGAGGUAAAAAGUGAUAGGGAUGCAGAAAGAUAGAAUAACUUCAAAGGAAACAAGAGGGGGAAAUGUGUAUGAGUGUGUGUGGGGUGGGCGGUCAAUUCUGCUUUCCUACAAAAUGUGAUAUUAAGCUGUGUUGCUAUGGGCAACACACAGAGGGAGGGAACAGGGUAUGAUCAAGCAGAGAUGGUGAAAAAUAACCACUUUUUGGCUUUUUUUUUAUUACGUGAGUUGACGUAGAUAACAGUGAGGACAGCAGAGAGUGAAAAAGAGAGAAAGAGAGGGGAUGCUGAGUGGGCAGGAUAACAGACGGCGAGCAUCCAAUCAGCUGCAGCAAAGUCAGCGUCCUUUUGUCCAAUAGAGUAUGACGAGUCUGCUCCAGUGUGAGCUAACAGUGCUGCUGCUGCCUUAUUAAUGAAUGGAGCAUCUCACAGGCAGCGAAACGGUUCUUGAGCUCUCUCUCCCUCAACGGAAAAGGCAGCACAAACAGAAUAGUACUAGUGCUUCGCACCUCGACAGAAAACAAAUGCAGCAGCCGUGCGCAAACAUGAAGAAGCACCAACACGAGGAUGAAAACUCUGACAGUGAUGCAGAGCAGGAAUCUUCUGUUCCUUUUACGGCGAAUGUCCGUCCUUCUGCUUCCUCUUCCAACGUCCUCCUUCCCUCCUCUUCUCAGCGGAGAUCCAUCUCCAUGGGAGACUUUCGUAGAGUCCCUGCUGGAAAGGUGGGCUCCGAGCCACCCUCUGCAUCCGCCACAGCACCCUCAUCCAAGCUGGUCACCCCCAGCUCAAGUAUGGAGUUCGAAGCAGCUCGUCGACGCCUCCUGGAGGUGGAGGAGCGCCAGCGUGUCAUCAGGGAGAUGGAGAGACGACUGGAGGAGCUAAGGGAGGUGUUUGUGCGCUCCGAACAGGAGGUGGUGGAACAUGGGGAGCUGGUGGGCCGCAUCACCUCUGCCGCCCAGCAGGGUGAACUAUAUGUGGCGGAAAACGGACAGCGGCUGAAAAAGGGAUUGCGGUUCAAACGGCACAGGCCCACCAUUGUCUUCUCCUCCAUGCUGGGGCUGAGAACGUGCCUCCCUUGGCCUGUUAAACUCAAAUAGCCAAACAUCCACUGCAAGACGGUCUUUCACCGCUGUCACUCGUCACAGCAUCAUCCAAGAUUGUCCGAGGCUCAUUUUUCUACUCGCUUUUAGUCAGGAAAUGCUGAAACCUUUGCUUUGAUUGAAUAUAUUGUUACCUGAGAUCUUAGACGGUGCUUCAUUUGAGCCCAUUGAAAUGGCGCAGGCCUCAUAUUUGCUGCUUGAACACAAGACACUGGGCAUUUUCUGUAAUGCGUGUAAACUUUGCUGAUGUUUAGAGCUCUGUGCAUGUGUUACACUUCAUGUACCUGGGGUUGCUUUGUGUGUGUGAAAGGUGUGAAUGUCAGGAGCUAAUCUUCCAGAAGUAGUCACUCAGGUUUCCUGUGAUCGGUCCAAAACAAAAGGCUUUCUUCUGCAGAAACAGAUUUAGGCCUUUCACACCAAGAACAUUGACUAUAACAAUAACUAUACAACAGCCUCGCCAUCAAUAGAGGAUUCUGGUUGUUAGAAGCAUGCGAUGCAGUUAUGUAGUCUGCCACUCUGAAUGCUCAACUCUUUAAUGUCAGGUGGAUUCUAAUUGAGAUUUUAUUAUCCAUCAGCUGGGAAAAUUGGUUCUGAAAGUGAUUCCAACAAUUCUCGAGUUGUUGUGUGGACUAUAGUUAUAGUUCUCACUACAGUUAACAUCUAUGGUGUGAACGGCAGAUGAAUGGUCACGACUGUGACUGUAUGAUUUGCAUACAUAUACUGGGGGCUUGCGAGGAGGUGCGCACAUGCGCUUUGGUCCUCUUGAGUACAUCUAGGGCACCCACUGAGCAUGUGUGGACGGGGAAGAAAAGUGGUGAUUUAUCUCUCUCCAUCAACGUUCCAUCUGGGGCCUCUCUCAUCCCCCAGUCGCUUAGCAACCUGGACCUGACUUUCAUUUCCUUCAGAAUGUAUUUAACAGAUCAAAAACUACAGCCCAUGAAUGACCGGCAGAGGACGUUUUGAGGUUCUUCCUGUGUGAAAUCAUUCACUGCAGACUGCUGGUUAGUUUGGAGUGUACACGACUGAAAUUGCCUCAAAAAAUGUGGUUGAAAUACGUAAGUACAUGGCUAAAAGCAAAUGUCCUAAAUGUGAGUCCCUGACCAGCUUCUAAAGCAUCAUACUGUCAUGUGUAAUGAUCUAGAACUAAUUCUUGUGAGAGAUAACCAAACAAAUAUUUAAUGACUACAAAUGCUCAGUUCUUGCCAGAAAAUCAUACAUUAUGAAUGUACAAUCAUAGAUUAUUUACCACUUCAUCAGAUACUAUUUUCAAUCUUGAACCACAUGCAGAGAACAAUGGAAAAUCACAGGCAACACGGGAUCAAAAACCUUCAAAACGAACCAGAUGAAGGCAUGUUAGAGAGAAAGGAUGUUAUGCUAACGUCUGACGCCUUCCUACCUCCGUAUGCUACCUGCAAACGCUGCUUUUUUUCAGGUUUCAGGCACAACCAAUAUCACUCGUUUGAUACUGAGUAGAAACAGGCUAUUAAGUGUAUCACAUAAUCUUUUUGGUUUGGUUAUUUGGUGCAACUGCUCUCAUGGAAACUUCCUGUCUCUUCUGAGUUUCCCUCUCUCUCUCUUAGAGCAAAUGGCUCUGGCUCAGCCUUGUUUGAGAGGCGUGCGUUUAGGGACUUCAGCAAAAACACAGGAGACUGCUAUUCUUGGCUCGAACCGGUUAAUUCUGGAAGAUUCUGGGCUAGGUAGAGAGAGAAAGAUGAUGUGAUGCUGGCUAUCCUUGCAAGUCUUUAGUGAGCAGGAUAACCUUUCCUUCGGCAGAUAAAUUUAUGCUGUACAGCAGGGUAAGCCAGCAGGAGCGUACAUCACCACUGAGAACGUAGCCUGCACCUGGCAUCUUGCCUCAUUGUGUACGCAGACAGUUGCUCUACUCACUGCAUCGUAAAAACACUGAAUAACUGCAUCGUAAUAUAUCAUUAUAUAUAAUGUAUACUUUUAAAAUUAUAUUGUUAAUAAUACAAAUGAUAAUAUUACUAAUUACAUUUAAUGAGCACAGGUAAUUAUAGCAGAAGAACUAAUAUGUUGUUCUGUAUUAUCAGAUUCUGAUCAGAAGUCUUAAGUUUUUAAGCAACUAUUUACUCUUAUGUAACAUUAAUUAUUAAAUUGAUAUGCUGUGAUUACAAUCAUUACAUACACAUAGAAUGUCUUUUAACAGGGUCACUUUGCAAUCCACUCUACUGCUGCACCUAUGGUGCUUUUUGUCUCUGCAGCUCUGCGUGACACCCACGCAUCUGUGUGUGACGCCGUUAGAUUUGCGUCAUUUGACGGGGCAGGAUGCCUGCAGACCAGUCUUUAUUCCUUUAUACUGAUCAGGCGUAAAACAAACACAAUAGAAGUUGCUGAAUCUCAGUUAAAGGGCUACUUGCACUUCUUUAAUGACAGAACAUCUCGGUGUCCUUUAAGGGUUGCUGGUCUCCCUUAUUUUAGUAGGGAUUUGAUUUAGACAGCUGUAGAUUAUGCUACAUUCAGGACACACGACUGAUUGGCUGCUGUAGAGUGUGAAAGAUGAUUGAACAUGGCUGCAGUGUUCUUCGGCGACAUAUAAAAGGAAAAACCCUUGUGUGAGGACUUGUUUUUAGCAACUAAUGUUGGAAUGAGGUGAUGAAUCCAUCUGGGUUCCCCUUCAAACAAUUACCAUGGUAACAACAGUUUCUGUUUAAAUAUCUUGAUUUGUAGAAUAAGUGUUACUACUGUGAAACCAAAACAACAAGUGUAGUCGUGGUAUUCAGUGCUUUAAUAUUUCAGAGUAACAUUGUCCACAAACUUUUUCAGUGUACUUGGUUCCACAAGUAUUCCUAUUCAUUUUCCCCAUAGGAUUUUUUUAAGUGUUCAUAAGAGUCAUAAGCCAUGAACUAAACCAAUCAGCUACAAGGUGAAUCACAACAUUAUAAACUAAAUUAUAAAGAAAAAGGUACAAAAAAAAAAAAAAAAGAUUUAA